AUGUGGACAUUUCAGGCAGACAGAUUGAGUGGAAUUGUCUCUGCUUUAGCAGCUCUUUGUCUCGCCUGCUGUGCGCAAAGCCCAUCCACUGGGAAUAUUUCUGUGGUGAAAGAGAUUGUGGACAAACUGCUGAAGGGCUAUGAUGUCCGCCUCAGGCCUGACUUUGGAGGUAACCCUGUCACAGUGGGAAUGAGCAUCCACAUCUCCAGCAUUGACCAGAUCUCUGAAGUCAACAUGGACUACACCAUCACCAUGUACUUCCAGCAGAGCUGGCGGGACAAACGCCUGGCAUAUAACGACCUUCCUCUCAACCUAACCCUGGACAACCGGGUGGCUGACCAGCUGUGGCUGCCUGACACCUACUUCCUGAAUGACAAGAAGUCCUUUCUGCACGGGGUGACGGUGAAGAAUCGCAUGAUUCGGCUCCAUCCUGACGGGACUGUGCUUUACGGCCUGAGGAUCACCACCACAGCUGCUUGUAUGAUGGACCUGCGAAGGUACCCCCUGGACCAGCAGAACUGCACACUGGAGAUCGAGAGCUAUGGUUACACGGUUGAUGACAUUGUCUUCUUCUGGCAAGGAAAUGAUUCUGCUGUCACAGGGAUGGAGGUGCUAGAACUGCCCCAGUUCACCAUUAUUGAGCAGAGGCUGGUCAGCAGGGAAGUGGUCUUCACCACUGGUUCAUAUCUGCGCUUAUCCUUGAGUUUCCGGAUUAAAAGGAACAUUGGUUACUUCAUCCUGCAGACCUACAUGCCAUCUAUUCUCAUCACCAUCCUGUCCUGGGUCUCCUUCUGGAUCAAUUAUGAUGCUUCUGCUGCACGAGUGGCACUGGGGGUCACCACUGUACUUACAAUGACUACCAUCAACACUCACCUGCGAGAGACUCUCCCCAAGAUCCCCUACGUCAAGGCUAUUGAUGUGUAUCUCAUGGGCUGCUUUGUCUUCGUGUUCCUGGCCCUCCUGGAGUAUGCUUUUGUCAACUACAUAUUCUUUGGGAGAGGCCCUCGGCAGCAGAAGAAACAGAGUGAACGGAUCAGCAAGGCCAACAACGAGCGCCACCGUUAUGAGGAGAAGAGGGUGAGAGAGCAGGUUGACCCUUACGGUAACAUCCUCCUCAGCACUCUGGAGAUGAACAACGAGCUCCUGGCCACGGACAUGAUGAGCAGCGUUGGCGACUCUCGAAACUCUGUCAUGUCCUUUGAAGGCUCAGGAAUCCAGUUUCGCAAGCAGCUGGCCUCUCGGGAUGGAUUUGGUCACCACCCAACCCUGGACCGCCACGUCCCACUGACCCACCACGCUGCAGCCCGCAGCCGUGCCAACUGCCGCCUCCGCCGGCGGUCAUCCAAGCUGAAGCUCAAAAUCCCAGACCUGACAGAUGUCAGCACCAUUGACAAGUGGUCACGAAUCAUUUUUCCAAUCACCUUUGGAUUCUUCAACCUUGUUUACUGGUUGUACUAUGUAAAUUGA